AAUUGGAGGGCGGGACCGAGCUUCCUGCUCCGCCCCGCCGGGUCCCAGUCCUCAGGCACGAGUCUCGCAGCCACAGCAACGGCCUCUCAGAGGCGGCCGGACAGAACCUCGACGGUCGAACCAACGACUGAAUCCCAGAGAACAGGACAGAUGGACACCUUCAGCACCAAGAGCCUGGCCCUCCAGGCCCAGAAGAAGCUCCUGAGCAAGAUGGCCUCCCGGGCAGUGGCGUCCGCCUUCAUCGACGACACCAGCAGCGAGGUGCUGGACGAGCUGUACCGCGCCACCAAGGAGUUCACCCGCAGCCGCAAGGAGGCCCAGAAGCUGGUCAAGAACCUGGUCAAGGUGGCAGUGAAGCUGGGCGUUCUGCUGCGCGCCGGGCAGCUGGGCGCCGAGGAGCUGGCGCGGCUACAGCGCUUGCGGCAGCAGGCGCGCCGUCUGGCCAUGACUGCUGUCAGCUUCCACCAGGUGGACUUCACCUUCGACAGGCGCGUGCUGGCCGCCGCCCUGCUUGAGUGCCGGGACCUGCUGCACCAGGCGGCUGGCGCGCACCUAACCGCCAAGUCCCACGGCCGCAUCAACCACGUGUUCGGCCACCUGGCCGACUGCGACUUCCUGGCAGCGCUCUACAGCCCCGUGGAGCCCUACCGCUCCCACCUGCGCCGGAUCUGCGACGGCCUCACCCGGAUGCUGGAUGAGGACAGCAUAUGAUGACUUCCGACCCCGCUGCGGUUGCCUGCGGGGGGGCGGGGCUCGAAGUGGGGCGGAGCUAACCCUUUCCUUCCUGUCUGACUCUGGCCAAUCACCCCUCCUCCAACACAUACACACAGGUGACUGCAGCUCCAAGGACCCGGGUCCCCUGUCCCCGGGCCCAAUCUCACCGGGCUCGGAGCCCGGCUCAGUCUGCCUGUGCCUGCGGCCUCCCCCAGGCACCUGGAGACCUCUGCCUGCUGUGGCACCAUCUGAACAAUGCCCCUUGAGCCACUGUCUGUACCCCUCAAAUCACUGGGUGUCUCUGACAGCUGGGGGCUUCUCACUUCAGUGUUGCUUGGGCUUUUUCAUUCCCGCAGAGAGGGUUAUAGGGAACCAAGAGGGGGUGUUACAGAGUGAGCUGUCUCACCCUACCCCACCUCCCAUUUCCCAGAUGGAAGUCCUAACCCCUGGGACCUGUGAAUAUGACCUGAUCUGAAAAUAGGGUGA